CACUAAAAACAUUUGCAACAUGAAAAUCAAGGAACUGCAGAAGACGGUUAACAUUGCUUGGUCACCGGCACAGCAGCAGCAAAUAUUCUUGGCUGCCGGCACGGCUGCCCAGCAGUUUGAUUCAAAUGCAAGCUCCACCUUGGAAAUAUACUCGCCAAACUUCAGUGAUGCAACCUACGACCUGGAGCUUAAGGCCAGCGUGGCCAGUCAGUACAAGUUCCAGAAACUUAUAUGGAGCCCCAUAGGUCCUCACCCAAGCGGCCUCAUCGUGGGCGGAUGUGAGGCGGGCCAAAUCAAUAUAUAUUCGGCUGCCAAGCUACUCGCCAAUGGCAACGAGGAGCCCCUGCUGGCUCGGCAGGAUAAGCACACUGGGGCUGUCAGCGGACUGGACUUCAAUCCAUUCCAAAACAAUCUUCUCGCCUCGUGUGCUUCCGAAUCGGAGAUUUUUAUUUGGGACCUCAACAACCCAGCCACGCACAUGAACCCGGGCGCCAAGACCCAGCCGCUGGAGGACGUCAAAAAUGUGGCCUGGAAUCGACAAGUGCAGCACAUUCUGGCCUCUGUUUUCAGCACCCGCUGCGUUAUCUGGGAUCUGCGCAAGAGCCAGCAGAUUAUUAAGCUCUCUGAUUCGCAAUCCCGUGUGCGGUGGCACGCCAUCGAGUGGCAUCCAGAGGCAGCGACGCAGGUGUGGCUGGCCUCGGAAGAUGACCAGGCGCCGGUUGUGCAGCUGUGGGACCUGAGGUAUGCCACCGCUCCGGCGAAAACAUAUCAAAUCCAUGAGCGCGGAGUACUGGGCAUGUCGUGGUGCCUUCAGGACAACGACCUGAUGGUGUCCUGCGGCAAGGACAAUCGCAUUUACUGCUGGAAUCCCAAUACUAAAAUACCCGAAGGUGAAAUUCUCUCGGAAGUGGCCACCACUUCAUCCUGGUACUCCGAUGUGCAGUUCUGUCCACGCAACCCGGCACUAAUUGCCAGUGCCAGCUUGGAAGGGGCUGUGUCUAUAUACUCCCUCCACGGAGGCACCCACCAUCUGGUGCAGACGGCAAACAAGAUUGCAGACUCCUUCCCGGGAAUGGAUCAGUUCGCCCAAGAGCCGAUUCCUCAGCAGGCCACGCAGGUGGUUUACCAUGACCUGACGCACGCACCCAAGUGGAUGAAGCGCCCCUGUGGCGUUGCCUUUGGGUUUGGUGGGAAGCUGAUCAGCUUUGAUGGUACCUCCAAAAGAGUGAAGGUAUCUCAGUUAACCACAGAAGCAGCUCUCGUGGAACGUGCCAAUGCCCUGGAGCGUUCGCUGGCCGAUGCCAACUAUGCAGAUUAUUGCCGACAGAGAGCAGAUGACACACCGGAUCAGCACGGUCGCUACCUUUGGUACUUCAUCAAGGCCAACUUUGAGCUGAACCCAAAGGAGGAAAUGCUCAAUCUCUUGGGCUAUAACAAAGAUGAUAUUGAUAUCAAGUUCAGCAAGUUUAUCAAGGAAACUGAGACGAACUCGCAAUCAGAUGUGGAUACACUCACGACCCGCAUUUCCACACUCACCCAUAGCGACUCUUCUGAAGUUGAGUGCGAUCAGAGUACAAAUUAUAGCACCGAUAAUUCGGCAACAUUGGACAACAAAUUUGAUGGAAAUGGAACCGAUUCUCAAAAUCACGACUAUGCCACGCUUUCGAGGCCACAGUUUAAAGUUCCCAGCGGAGAACACUCUGAUAGUUUAAUUGCCGAGGCAAUACUCACCGGCAACGUAGAGGCUGCCGUGGAGCUGUGUCUUGAAGCCCAGCGCAUACCAGAGGCCCUCAUCAUAGCCUCGACAGCCGGCAUUGAGACCCUUACUCGAACCCAAACCCGUUACCUAGUGCAGCAGAAGAGCGAGCUGUCGCACGUGAUCUCGGCCUUGGUUACCCGGGAUUGGCUUGACUUCGUCAACCGCUGCACUGUGGAUUCCUGGAAGGAAGCCCUGGUGGCUGCCCUCAAGCACAGCGAGCGCAAAGUGGUCGAUAUCUGUGAGCGCCUGGGGGAUCGCUUGUUGACCGAGUGCGCCAACAGCGUAGAGUUUACGCGCAACGCCAUGCUGUGCUACAUCUGUGCGGGGAGCAUUGACAAGUUAGUGAGCGCUUGGUAUCAGCUGAAGCAGCUGGAGCAGCAGAGCCAGAGCUACAAGCUGAACACCACCGAGCUGCAGGACCUGGCCGAGGUUGUGAUGCUUAUGUGCAAGUCCCUCGAGCAGCAGGGAAUCUCCGUAGACUUGGCUGGUCGAUUUGCUGGCUUUCUCACUGAAUAUGGCGGCCUCUUAGCCUCCCAAGGAGCCCUCACGGCAGCUCUCCAAUACAUAACCACGUUAGGUGGUGGAGCAGCGUGUGAAAAUGAAAUUUUGCAUGGUUUGCGAGAUCGAAUCAACAACGCCGUGAAUUUGGAACAUACCCAGCCGACAGCAGCUGCAGCUCCAGCUCCAUUUGGCUACCCAGGGACUGGCCCACAGCAACGGGGUAGAGGCUCGUUCUCACAGCAGCAUCCUGUGGCUCCAAUGUCCUAUGGCCAACCAGCCAAUCAGUAUGGAAACCCCGCCAACACUGGCUGGCCUACGCCUGCGCCACCCGCACCAGCAACGUAUCCAGUGUCCCAGCCGGCUCCACAGAUAUUUAAUCCGCAGCCAGUUAAGCAAGAACCUCUGAAUCACCCACCCCGGCCUCUCAGCAACGCCAGCUCCACAGGAGGGCCUCCACCAUCAUCAAGUGGCCCGUCUGGUGGAUUAGGGCUACAUGCUCGCUCAAAAUAUCUAUUGGAUCCAUCUGUAGCAGCUCCCACCAGUGCCUAUGGCAUGCCAUACAAUCCAGUUCCUGCCCCAGCCCCAUCCGCGACGCCGUUCACGGGAGGAGCAGGACCUGGAGCUCUUCCACAAGCGGCCAGCGUGCCCACAUACAACAGUAAUGCAUUCAAUACCAAUCCUCUGUCGUCAGCCCAAGGGUACAAUCCAACACCCUUCUCCGGAGCACCGCAAAACUCUUACUUACCGGGGGUUAAUCCCAUUGAGACCAUGCCACAAGCUGCUCAGCCACCUAUUAUUCAGAAUGUACAACGCAAUCCCACACCGCCACCGGGCUGGAACGAUCCACCCGCAUUGAAGUCAUCACGUGCGCCAAAGCCAAAGCCAGUCGCAGAUAAUAGUGCUGCGCCCAUAUUUCAUCCGAUUUUCCCUGUUGACCCCAAUCAAAACCCGAACGGUUAUAUGGAUCCUGCUCAAUAUCAGAAUGCACCACCCGCUGGCGGGGCAACCAAUGCCUACUAUAAUCCAGCUGCAUUCAACAACAAUCCACAACAGCAACAGCAGUCGUACCUCCAGCCCCAGCAACAGGCGAUUCCCAAUCAGGGACCACCUCAGCAGCAAAACUGGCAGGGGCAACAGCAGCAGCAGCAGCAGACCAUUGGGUACACCGAACAGCCAGCACCGAUUCAGCAACAGCGCCAGCCGGAAGUGCCAAAGGAGAAGCCACCACUUCCAGAGGAAUACAUCUACUUGCAGACGGUACUGGAGGAGCUGAAGAACCGUUGCUUGAGCGCAACCAAUGAUCCGCGCACCAAACGCAAGUUUGUGGAUGUCGUCAAACGGUUGGAAAAUCUCUACGAUUGCUUGCGCGAUGGAAAGCUCACACCCACGACCGUACAAUAUCUUAAUCAAAUAAUACAGUACAUUCAAAUAUCCGACUACGCCAAUGCUCUGGAAAUACACACACGAAUCGCAUUCGGCACGGACUUUGCUCAGUGUGCAGGCUUCAUGCAGGGAUUGAAGGUCCUGUUGCAGUCGGCAUCCGAGAUGCAGCUGGUCUUGCGCUAAACCUUAUACUACAUACGUUACGUGUUCGAAAGUACCCGCCUCAGUCGGGCCGCUUCAACGUCUACUUAUUGUGUCUUUAAAUGUCUACUAUCGUUUCUGUAUCUGUUUUCUGUCAAUGUAUUCCUGGAUUCUGUCUGGUACAUAUAUGUCAAACGUGUAAUGAAUUAUAUUUCCGCACAAGACGAAGAAUGGACAUGUGCAUGCAUAACAAAAGAG